AUGCCAAACGCGAUUCGUGAUGCCAAACGAGCUGUGAAGCAUAUUGAGGUGGACAUCCGGAACCGAAGGACGGAAAAUACCAUGAAGGACAAACUCAGACAGCUCUCCGGGUCGCACGAUGCACCUGACUUGAGAAUGAUCUUUACUUCGCCGAAGGAGUACGCAAAGCAUGUCAGAGAACCUGUUACCUCGGAAGAGUCCACGCUGGAUAUCGAAAGUACUGUAAUUCCGGCUCUAAAAAAGGCCCUCUACUGCAUCGCGGGUGAUGACAAGACGAAGAUCAUGGACGAAGUCGUCACGACCAAGCUCCCCGUGGUCAUGGAACGUAUGCUUGCCUGCUUCACCAAUACUCCACUCACGAAACACCAGGAACUUCGAGCAAAGAUCGUCAAACUCUUUGCAACAUGCCGGAGCAGAGAGCAGGCCAUGAUGAAGGAGAGAUUUGAAGUUGCUUUCGAGAACCACAUUCUCCGGCUGUUUCCACUGCACCGUCCUGUCUGGCAGCGGUCUGUAUCGCGACGAGUAGACCAGUGGUCGCGCUAUCAUGUCGCCAACUUCCGCGCUUUCUGCCGGAAACGUGGCUAUUGGAAGCGGCCCGGCAAGAAUUCAAUCUCAUGGAACGCGUCGAUCCAGGCCGUCAUCGUCAACGAACUGGCGCCAGGCUUCGAGCAGCUUUCCACGCUAUCUCGAGCAGUGUACGACAGACAUCAUACAAGUAUGGACGAUGUGCACGACGCGUUGCAAAGCCUCUCGACUGCCGAAGAGAUACCCAACGGAGCUGAAUUCUCAAGGAGCUUGAAAACUUUCAGCAGGAAAGCUCAUCGCAAUGUUGACAGAGAAUUGCGUGCCUCCCAAGACGAAAUCGAAUGCAUACGUCACAUGGCACUCCACGAUGACCAGUACACUCUAUCUUUCGUUGGACAGGCCAUGGAAGAUGCCUACGAACGAGCUGCAAAGAUUGAGUCGAAGGACUAUGCGGCUGAAGGCAAAGCGAAGGCACGGAAGGCUCACGAGGCGCGAGUCGAUCGUGUCAAGGACAAAGCGAUAUCUCUUCAGGGCGAGAACCUAUUCCACGAGGUUCCCGUAAUGAUGGACGAGGCAUGGGCGGAGAGCUUGGCACUGCGACUGAAGGGCAGCGAUUGA